CUCGUUCCCUCAUCGGACAUGCGUUCCUUUCUUGAUUCUUUCUUGUUGCAGUCAACAGAUCAUUAGUUCGCAGCUGACUCCUUCUCUUCUCGCUUUUCUGUUCACUUUAAUUAAUCAUCACAUUCAUUCUUUCGGCUUUCGAUAGUCCCUGGUCGGACAUCUGUACACUCUUUCACAGCAGAUCUAAUACGAUUAACUUGUGUAUCAUCCUCUCACAAAGUACCUCUCUGCUCAGUUCGCCAGAAUGCCGUCUUUCAAGCAAGCUCUGAAGUGGAUCUUCGUCCUUGGACCUGUCGUCACCCAUGCCCUUCCGGUCAAGGAGGCUAGGCAGGAGUCUGGCGCCCCCAGUGGGGGACUCUCAGAUAUUGAUAUUCUUAAUUUUGCGUUGACUGCCGAGCACCUUGAAUCGGAAUUCUACAGACAAGGCUUUGCCAAAUUUCCCGACAGCGACUUCAUGGCAUUGGGCCUCAGUGCAGCCAGCAUCGCCUCUCUAAAGAUGGUCGGCCAGACCGAAGCAACACACGUAUCGUUCCUCACCUCUGCAAUCGCCGCCGCGGGAGCCCAACCGGUGCAACAAUGCACCUACAACUUCGGCUUCACUGACGCAGCGACAAUGGUAGCUACCGCGAAAGUCCUAGAAGCCAUCGGAGUAUCCGCUUAUCUCGGCGCCGCACCCCUGAUCAACUCUUCCGCCAUCCUCGGCCAAGCAGCCACCAUCGCAACAGUCGAAGCCCGUCACCAAACCUUCAUCCGCUCAGCCGCAUCCAAGGAGCCCAUCCCCGCCGCAUUCGACACGCCUCUCCAGCCACGCGCUGUCUUCACCCUCGCCGCCCCAUUCAUCCAAUCGUGCCCGCCCGGCUCCAAUCUUGCCAUUACACCGUUCCCGUCCAUUGCGCUGCAGAACCCGGCUGCUGCGAUCCCGGGCAACGAUCUCAUCUUGGCCGACGCAAACCAGCCUGGCGGUGCGCAGUUCUGUGCUUUUGCCGCUCCGGGCGGAGCGCAGUUUGCGCCGUUGACGGGCGGGAAGUGUACGGUGCCGCAGGGCCUGCAGGGCGAGGUGUAUAUGAUGGUUACGAAGUCGCAGUCGAUUGAGGACUCGGAGAUUCUUGCUGGACCUGCCGUCCUGUCGCCGUCAUAGUCCCUUGGUGUUACAUUUUCAUUAUUCAGGCAUGCAUCGUGCUGAUGGGUUUUUACUUGACGUGUGUAUAGGGUAGUGA